AUGACCGAAGUUGUAAAUGCACCAGCGGCGGAGCUCCUUAAUGCUGCAAUUGACAAGAGUCUACCAGCUAGACUGUUCGUAUUGCUCUUUAUUCAAACAACUGCAAUCAAUCCUUUAAAUGAAGAUUCAUUUGCCCAACUCAUGCUACCUUUAAGCCACCAGAUUGACGACUUAGAAAUUUAUCGACUAUCUUUGCUUGUGCUGCUUUCCUUUAGUACUAUUUUUAAUUGUGAGUUGUUUUGGUCAGCAUUGGGUAAGUUGCCUAGUGAAUUUCAAGCAAAAUAUAUCCUCGAAAUACACGAUACUUUACAGAAAAAAGAACUUCCCAUCAAUCAGGAAGUAAUUAAGCAGUUAGUAUUGGACCUGUUUCCCCAAUAUAUACAAAAAUCUACGUUGCUGAUUUCUGAGAACAAUGGGCCGUUUGUUGAUGGCGAGAAUAUCGGACAGAUAGUGACAUUAGCAGGUACACUCGUUGAUCAAUUUUCCAAUGUGAUCAACCAUAAUUGGGAUGAAACUAUUGUUAAUUUUGCCCAAGCCAUACAACAUCAUACAGGUGUAUUGCGCUUAUUGCAGAAUGUGAGGGAAGUUCUUGCACCAGGCACAGUUCAAAGGUUAGAGGACAUGUCCAGUGAGGUGGAUGAGGAUGAUUUGAUGCAAGACGUGGCACUGGUUGUUACCUCUCCUGAAAAAGCUUCACCAGUCAAGUGGAUAUAUGAUUGUACAAAAGACUUUGCGCUUUUACAACAGUUGGAGCGGCCCCAAACUUUUGUACGCAAAUUCAAGGAGGAUUGUAUAUUGCUGCGAAAACAUGGCGAUAAUGAGUUUAUUGCGCAAACAUUAGUUCAAGCGCUCAUAGAGGUUAAUGUGAAUGGUAAUGAGGUUCACCUAUUUAAUUUAAAAAACUUUGUUUUAACAAGACUACCACAAAUUAUUAUUGAACUAAACGCACAAAGUUCUGGUUUGAUGAAUCAAAUUGCCACUUCCAGCUUUGCAGAUGAAGCUUUCAAGUCUGCAUUACAAAGAGCUAUUUCUGGGGCAAAAGAUGAUACGGACAAUACUCUUUUCAGAAUCAAAACAGAAUUAAAGAGUAAACUCGUUGAUGUCAAUCCGGAAUUUACCACAUUUGAAGAGUCUGGAUUAUUAGAAUUUUUGCAAAAUAUACCAAAACUACUCUUGGUGCAAGAGCAACAAAAAGCAUUUUCCUUUUUGGUCUUGGAAACUUUUGAAGAGCUUGCUCGAGCAAGUGAAGUGGAAAAAGUUUCACGUUUACUUAUGGGAUUGAUCAACUCCAACGAUUUAAUCAAUAUCAUUUUGUUCAACACCAAUAAGCAAAUCAUAGACAGAGUUGUACAAUAUAUCGACAAUCAAGAAUUUGAUACCGAGGAGAUCAAUGACAAUAUUAAUUAUUUAGGUAUAAGUCUUAUGUUUGCGGUGCUCUGUACGUCAAUUCUUGAUCCAAGAUAUACACCAUCAGUGACAUAUUCUUCUUCAUCGUUGUCCCCUUCUGAUGCUACAACUACCGCAUCAUUAUCAUCGUCAUCGCCAUUAUCAUCAUCACCACCGUCAUCAUAUUUUGAAAACUACUUGACCAUAAAGCCUAGUCUUUCAACUGAAAUACCACAAGCAGAGGAAAUUAUAUUUGAAUUAUUUUCAGCCGAAGGAGUGUCCGAUGAUUUAUUGAAUAAAUUGAGUAUCAAGGAAAUCUACAAAGUAAUUCCAAAUAUUUACAUGCAAGCAAUUGAAGCAUACAGAAUUGGUAUUAUCAAUCUCCCAAUUUUGCUAAAUGGAUUAGAGUAUUUCCCACUUGCUGCAAUAGCUCUUGUGCCAUACCUUUUAACGCUAGACACACAGUUGCGGGAAGUCAUUACUAAUCAAUUGUUGAAAGAUAACAACAUUGUUACACAAUCACUUGCAGUUUUACUUAAACGAAAGGGAUGCUUAGAUUCUUGA